AUCAUCAAGCAAAGUACACACACACAAAAAAACGGAAGUGUGACCGUUUGAUCCAAUCUCACAUCUCUCUCUCUCCAUAGCUGAAGAAGAAGAAGAAGAAGAAGAAAUGUAUGGCAAAACCAUAUGCAGCGUCGUCUUCAUCAUCUUCCUCGUAGCCUCCUACUUAAUCUACAUGGGAACCGUCGAUCCACUGCCAUACUUUUCUCUCCUCCAAUCCCCGCCGGCGAUUUCCUCUCUCUGCAGCCUCUCCGACCGACCUCUCCGCGUCUACAUGUACGAUCUCCCCCGGAAGUUCAACGUCGCGAUGUUGGAUCCUCGGAGCUCCGACGUCGAGCCUCUCUCCGCUGGUAACCUCCCACGGUGGCCGGAGACCUCCGGGAUCAAGCGGCAGCACAGCGUCGAGUAUUGGCUCAUGGCCUCGCUCCUCUACGACGGCGGAGGCGGCAGCGGGAGGGAGGCGGUUAGGGUUUUUGAUCCUGAUUUGGCGGACGCGUUCUUCGUGCCCUUCUUCUCCUCGUUGAGCUUCAAUACGCACGGGAAGAACAUGACGGAUCCCGAUACGGAAUUCGAUCGCCAAUUGCAGGUUGAGCUGAUGGACUACCUUUGGAACUCCAAAUACUGGCAACGAUCCGGAGGCAGGGACCAUGUAAUUCCGAUGACGCAUCCUAACGCUUUCAGAUUUCUCCGGCAGCAAGUGAAUGCUUCAAUCCUCAUUGUUGUGGAUUUCGGGCGUUACCCUAAGAACAUGGCAAACCUCACCAAAGACGUGGUUUCCCCCUAUGUUCAUGUCGUCGAAUCCUUCACCGAUGAUGAUCCUCUUGAUCCCUUUGAGGCCCGGACCACACUUCUUUACUUCCGUGGGAAUACUGUCCGGAAAGAUGAAGGCAAGAUUCGUCUCCGAUUGGAGAAGUUAUUAGCCGGUGUCCCUGAUGUUCAUUUUGAAAAAGGUUCAGCAACAACACAAAACAUUAAACUGUCUACAGAAGGGAUGAGAUCAUCGAAAUUCUGUUUGCACCCAGCAGGAGACACUCCAUCCUCAUGCCGCCUAUUCGACGCCAUUGUCAGCCACUGCGUCCCUGUCAUCAUAAGCAACAAAAUAGAACUGCCCUUUGAAGACGAGCUUGACUACUCAGAGUUCUCGAUCUUUUUCUCGGUGGACGAGGCUCUCGAACCCGGCUACAUCGUCGAUAACCUCCGCCAGGUACCAAAGGAGAGAUGGCUCGAAAUGUGGGACCGGCUCAAGAACGUUUCCCGGCACUUCGAGUUCCAAUACCCGCCCCGGGAGGAAGAUGCGGUUAACAUGUUGUGGAGACAGGUUAAACACAGGAUCCCGAGCGUCAAGCUCGCCGUACAUAGGAACCGAAGAUUGAAGGUCCCGGAUUGGUGGUAGGGAAGAAGUAACUUCAAAAAAGGUUAGCAUAAAACUAUAAGGGUAUUAUCUUAAUUAUAUCUCUACCUUAGAAAAAGCAUAUAUAGAGCCUAGGUUAAAUUAUUUACAUUAAGAUAAUACCCUUAUUCUCUUACACGUUCAUUCUUUUCCACAUCUGAGUUUUCAGUACUUGUCAUAGACAUUAUUUGCGGUAAAUAUUUUAUUAUCCAAAAAAAAAAGUUUUGAUUUUGAAAUUA